ACUCUGCUAAUGAAUCUGCUUCCUCUACUAGCAGUGAUGACAGCUUUUGCUCGAUGGUUGCUACUACUGGAGAACUGAUACGUAGUAAGUUUAAUCUUGAAAAUCGCGUUACUUUUAACGUUUGUCAUAUAAACGCACAAAGUAUAGCUAGUCACUACAGUGAACUAGAUGUAACUUUCACCGACGCUAACGUGCACGCCGUCCUUAUUUCUGAGAGCUGGCUCAAACCUCAUCUUCCUUCCGCCGCAUACUCCCUACCUGGAUUUAUUCUAAUCCGAAAUGAUCGGGUGGACAGGAGAGGGGGUGGUGUGGCUAUCUAUCUCCAAGCCUCAUUUUCUUAUAAAGUCAUAGCCUCUUCCUCUUCCAAGAGUUCCAAUUCCGCUGAAUACCUUUUCCUUGAGGUUUGGGUCAAGGGAGUCAAAACGUUACUUGGUGUGGUUUAUUGUCCUCCCUCUGUUGAUUACUUCUCCAGUCUUGACUCAAUUCUGGAAUCUUUAGGGUCGGAUUACGCACACCACAUCAUCAUGGGAGACUUCAACACCGACCUCCUUGUCCCUUUGUCCACUCGUUCACGAAAACUCCUUGACCUUGUUGAGUCAGUUAGUUUACACAUCCUCCCUUUACAAGCCACUCACCACAACAUUGAAGGAGAGGAUACCUGGCUUGACCUAAUACUCACUUCCAAUCCCGAUCUUGUUUAUUCUCACGGUCAGUUUCCUGCUCCUGGUUUCUCCCAUCAUGACCUCAUUUACUUAUCCUACGUCCUUAAACCUCCCAAAUCCAAGCCUAAAGUUUUGCGCGUGCGUUGUUUUGGUCGCAUGGAUGGACGCAGGUUGUGUGAGGAUGCUGCUAAAAUUAGUUGGGAUGAACUGACGGCAGCUACAUCUAUUGACGACAAGGUGACUAUAUUUAACGCUCAACUCCAGGCACUUUAUGACAAUCAUGCUCCCGUCAGGAAAUUCAAGAUGAAACGUCCUCCAGCACCNUUAUGUGUCGUGUUGGCUUUGUUUCCGGAAUCAAAAAUAGAUUUGGUUCUUAGCGAUCCGAGGAUUGCACUGGUGCCGUGGAAGCAUCGUCGGCGGUGCCUCAUCAGUGGGCGGACAAUGGAGCACAGAGUGCCCUCGCAUCCGGCAUCUGACUGCCACUACAGCAGCUGGGCGGGGGCCUAA